AGAAUGAAUGAAUGAAAUAUUGUCUAAUAUGUAAAAUAUUAAAAUACAAUUUGCAAAUUAACGUAAAUAUCUUAUUGGAGAAAAUUUAAGUUGCGAAUUUAAUUUAUUAACAAUUGCUAAUACUUCCAAAGAGAAAAAGAUAAUACCAUUCUCUCACCAGUAUCACGUCUAAGGAUCGUCUGGAGUUUGAUUUGAAAUUAUAUCAGUUUUGAAAUAAGAAUAAUUUACUUUUUGCAAUGGCAUCUAAUAUUAUGUCAAGUGACAAUUGGAAAUUAAAUUGUAUUCUGGGAACUGGAGGUUUUGGAAUUGUCGAACUUUGGGAACAUGUCCAGAGUGGCAAAAAACUUGCGAUUAAAAAAUGCAAAUGGAAUUACUCACAAUUGACUCCGAUGCAACAAAUAAGAUGGGUCAAUGAAGUUGAUAUAAUGAAACGUUUGAGUCAUCCAAAUAUUAUAAAAACAGAAUGUAUUCCAUUUAAGCUUCCAAAUGUAGAAGAAAAACUGCCAGUUUUGUGUAUGGAAUAUUGUAAAAAAGGAGAUUUAAGAAAAAUAUUAAAUCAACCAAAAAAUUGUUGUGGAAUUAAUGAAACAGAAGCAAUCAAAAUAAUGACUGAAGUCUCAUCAGCUGUAGAAUAUUUGCAUUCUUUUAACAUAACUCAUAGAGACUUGAAACCAGAAAACAUAGUUUUACAAAAUGAAAAGAAUGUGCUAUCAUACAAACUAAUAGAUCUUGGAUAUGCCAAAGAACUUGGAGAAAAGAGUAUAUCCGCAUCUUUAGUAGGCACAUUAAAUUAUGUUGCUCCAGAAAUUCUUUGGAAAGAGACAUACAGUUGUUCUGUUGAUUAUUGGAGUUUAGGAAUAUUAUUUUAUGAACUUUUAACUGGAAUAAGACCAUUUUUACCAACAAUGCAACAUACUAUGGAAUGGAUGAAAUACAUUCAGAAUAAAAGUUAUGAUGAUAUUUAUGCCUGUCAAAAGGAAGGAAAAGUCAUUUUUGGGAAAGAUAUUCAAAAUCCAACUCAUUUAUCAAAUUGUCUCCGAAGUAAAAUGGUCCAAUGGUUCAGGCUAGUGUUACAAUGGGACCCUCAUAAAAGAGGUAGAAUAAUCGACAAAUUUGGUACAUCUCAUUUGGUAGUAUUUACAAUGUUGAAACAUGCAUUACUAAACAAGGUAAUAUAUAUUUUCUGUGUGCCUUUUUACAAGAUUAAUACAUAUGAAAUUAACAGUGUCACUACUAUCAGAGAUCUUCAGUUAUUAAUAGAGAAAGAUACUAAUAUCGAGGUUAAACAUCAAGUGCUAACAGAUUACAAUGGUGUUUUGCUUACUGAAAGUACUGCAUCAGUUAUUUCGCAAACUAAUGAUCACAUUUUCUUUCUCUUCAGAAACGAAUGUUGUUUAAUAGAAGAUAUACCUAAAUCAAAUAUUCCUACAGAAGUGGAAAAAAUGUUAAUACAAUCGAAAAUUGAAUUAAAUUAUGAAGUAUUGAAAGAUUAUUAUCGCCAUGUGAUAUACUUUACAACUAAAGAAGUGAAUUUAUUUCAAUUAUAUAUUUUUGCUCUUAGUAUAAAUAUAGAUUUAUUGCAUCAAAAAAUCAAUAUGUUUAAUACAAACAUGGAAAUGACAUUGGAAAAUACAAAGGCUCUUAUAGAUCAAGUGCAUAUAAUUCGUAUAAAAUAUAUGAACAUAAGGGAAGACGCGACUGAUAGAAAAGAAAUACAGGUCUAUUUUGAGAAAGUUGAUAAUUUGGUUAGUGCAGCAGAUCAAAUAAAGAUGCAAUUUAUGUAUCUGAAAGAAGAUAAUGAUAAAUUGACAAAGAAAGCUCAAAGUAUCGAUUGUGUGAAAUAUUUAUCAGAAUUAUAUGAUAAGAUGUGCGAUCUAUAUCUGGAAUUUAAAGAAGAAAGUCCUUAUAAGACAACAAAGCCGCAGAAAAUGGUAAAAUUAGUGUUUUCAUUUUUGUCUACACGGGAAGUGCAACUUCAUAAUAAAAAUAUAGCUGAUAUUAUUAGUCAAAUAGAUAAAUUGAAUGAUGGACUAUCGAAGCUGGAGAAAAUAUUCAAUUCUGUUACUAUCAUGACGAAAUUAUAUUGGACAGAAUAUCAGUUAAUCGCACAAUCGGACAUUCCUCCUCAGCAGUAUAACAACGCAUCCUUGGAUAUGUCUACCACUGAAUUAAAUAAGAUAUUGCAAUCAGAAGACAAUGUGAUAUACAAUAACUUGGCCAUACGUUACAAAUUAGACAACUUUAUAGCUGAAAUGCAGAAAAAAUGUCACGAAAUGGUUAAUUUGGAUCCAUGAUUAAAAAUAUAGAACUCGUGCAUAUGUAUAUUCUAAUUUAUACAUGUAGUUGUAAAGUAGUUUAACAAACUACAUAUUUUAAUUUCCAACUUUAAUGUAUUUAGUUAUUAAAAUCCGUUCGUCUUAUGUGCGUGGGACAUAAUGCCGUACACCCCACUUGAUGUUGGCAUGUUUAUCGGUUUUAACAAACGUGUAAACUGGUUUAUUUAGCCAUUGUUCCGAUUUUAUUAUUUGAUAUCUAUUGUUUCGACCUGUUAAAAAUAUAUAUAUUUGUUAAGUAGUAUUUACAAAUUCUCUUUUUUAUAAAGUAGUUUUGUAUAAAAAGAGCUUUAAAAAAUGCUACAAGUAUUUUAAAAUAUACUUAUUAUAUAAUUUAGAAAGAAUGUACUUAG